AUGGCACCAUCGAUAUUAUCGAUGGAACCGAUGGAGUGCGAUAAAUCGAUGGAAAUUUUUCGAUGUCGAUAUAUCGAAUUUCUUUUUGGUUCCAACACGUGUAGGUCUACUUUUAUUCUAUUAGAGUACCCUGGCAGUUCCUCUGGUAAAAUGGACAAGUUUUUGACCUCAUCCCAAAAAGAUCAUGAUACCUCUCCAACAUCAUCAAAUGAACCAUCUUGUUCAAAAUCUGAACCGGAGCCUAAGCGCAAAAAGUGUAUUUCCGCAGUGUGGACACAUUUUGACAAAUUGCAAACCAAACAACUUGUAAAAUGUCAUUAUUGUGGCAAAGAAUAUAAGACAAGCGGAAACACGUCCAACUUGUUAGAGCACUUAAAACGGGCCCACCCUCUUGCCCAGCAAGUUAAUAACGAAACUACGUCUUCUCAGUUAGAGCGAUAUUUUACACGGACAGACGUUUACGGUCCAACAUCUUCCAAAAAGGAAGCAAUUGACAAAGCCAUUGCUGCAAUGGUCGCAACGGAUUUGCAACCAUUUAGCGUUGUCGAAGAUAUUGGACUUAGAAACUUGAUGAGGGUGGUGGACCCUAAAUACGUCAUGCCCUGUCGAAAAACUCUGCGGGACACGUAUAUUAAAAAUAUGAACGAGAGUAUGACGGAGAAAUUGAAGGGCAUUCUUGACUCCGUUGACUCGUGCGCUAUCACAACAGAUGCAUGGACAUCUCGUGCAAAUGUUAGUUAUCUAACUGUAACGUGUCACUUUAUUUUAAAUUUCGAGCUUAAGACGGCAGUGCUAUCUACAAAGCCACUAAUGGAUGAGACAAACCAUUCAAGUCUAAAUAUUGCCAACACAUUGCGUGAAAUAUGCGAUGAGUGGAAAGUGUUCGACAAACUGCACACCAUUGUGACCGACAACGCAGCAUCUAUGAUUAAAGCGUGCGAAUUAUUGAAAAAGAAACACUUACCGUGUUUUGCGCACACUCUUAAUCUUGUUGUGCAAGAUGCUUUAAAUCUGGAAAAUGUGCAAAACGUUUUAAAAAUCACAAAAAGAAUAGUGUCUUAUUUUAAGAGUAGCGCUAUUGCUUAUGCAAAGUUCAAAGAUGCCCAAGGCACCGAAAAUCCUUGCUCUCUAUUGCAAGAGGUCCCUACUCGCUGGAACAGCGCAUUACAAAUGAUUCAGAGAGUGUUGCGGACAAGAGAGCCCCUAACUGGCACCCUUUUAAGAUGCCAUAAUGCUCCGAUUCCACUGUCAGAGGAUCAAUUUCGGAUUUUGAAGGAUUUGUCCUCGCUUUUGGAACCGUUCGAAAAAGCCACAAAACAUGCGUCUGCUGCAAAGGGCGUUACAAUUUCAUUAAUUGCUCCUGCAAUUUUCGCCUUAUCGCAAAGUUUGGAAGAGCUCCAUGAGCAGAUGUUAACACCUGUAGGGAGAGAAACUUGCGAGUUUUUACAGAGCAACGUAAAAAAAAGGCUCUUCUCAUAUGAGAAUAGAUCAGCACCACGCCUUGGAACUCUUCUUGACCCACGCUUCAAAAAGGCGGGUUUCCAAAAUCCGUCAAAUGCCCAGCAGGCCAUGUUGAUGUUGGAGGGAGAGGUUCAUAAUAUAAUACAGGACAUUAACAAAGAACAUUUAUUUGCACUUGGACAAUGCGCAAUAAAAUUCUUGUGUAUACCAGCAAGUUCAGCUGAAUCAGAGCGCACAUUUAGUAAAACAGGAGCUAUUGUGACGGAACGGAGAGCAUGA